AAGUGAGGUGGCGCUUCCGGUGGGGCCCAGCCGAGGGAGAGGCGCCAGCCCUUGGCGUGUUCGUCGGAAGCCCCGCGCGCGUGAGUGGAAGGAGAGUCCUAAUGAGGCCUAGUUCCGUGAUGGUGAGGAGACGGAGACACACCCAGGCCCGUCUAGUCAGACUUCCACGCCCCGCCUGUCCCUCCGAGGGAGACGAGGGGGGACCAGUCCCCGCCCACAGACACGCCCACGGACAGACACGGGUGCACACAACAGGAGGCGGGCAAGGAGUAAACACGGGAGACCGGCCAGGGACCAUGGCUUUGGCCCCGGCCUACGAAUUUGGACCACGUGAUUCUAAUAUUUCUUGCAGGUAACUUCUGAAAAAGUUCUGCGAAGAACACGUUGUGAGAGCUUUGCCCGAGGAGUGUUCUAAGUCUAAAGUGACUUCAAGAUACACAGCAAUGACAACAAGAAAAAAAUAAGUAGUAAAAAUUAUAUUUCAAGCUACAAACUUAUGCAGUUUGGAGGAGGAAAUAAGAUUAUGCUGAAAAAAGAGAGGCUUGGGAAAGUGAGCAGAAGGCUACAGCAAUACAAAGACUGUGCUGCUCAGGAGGUUAUAUCUGCGAACUCCUGGCAUAAUAUUUGAAUUAUAAAUAUAAAAGAAUGGCAAGUCCUCUACCUCCCUAUCCUAGAUCACAAAGAGGGGAGAAGUUACAUCAAUGUAUGGAAUGUGGGAAACAAUUUGAUUGGAAAAGUUCUCUUACUGUACAUGAACGGACCCACACAGGGGAGAAGCCACAUAAAUGCAUGGAAUGUGGAGAAUGCUUCAGUCACAGUGGCCAUCUACGUUACCAUCAAAGGACCCACACAGGGGAGAAGCCAUAUAAAUGCAUAGAAUGUGGAAAGAGCUUCAGUCAGAGUGGCAAUCUACAUUCCCAUGAACGGACUCAUACAGGGGAGAAGCCAUAUAAAUGCAUAGAAUGUGGAGAAUGCUUCAGUCAGAGUGGCAAUCUGCGUUCCCAUCAAAGGACCCACACAGGUGAAAAGCCGCAUAAAUGCAUGGAAUGUGGAGAAAGCUUCAGUCGGAGUGACAGUCUACGUUCCCAUCAAAGGACCCACACAGGGGAGAAGCCACAUAAAUGCAUGGAAUGUGGAGAAAGCUUCAGUCGGAGUGACCAUCUACAUUCCCAUCAAAGGACCCACACAGGGGAGAAGCCACGUAAAUGCAUAGAAUGUGGAGAAAGCUUCAGUCGGAGUGACCAUCUACGUUCCCAUCAAAGGACCCACACAGGGAAGAAGCCACAUAAAUGCAUGGAAUGUGGAAAGAGCUUCAGCCGGAGUGACAUUCUACAUUCCCAUCAAAAGACCCACACUGGGGAGAAGCCACAUAAAUGCAUGGAAUGUGGAGAAAGCUUCAGUCGGAGUGACCAUCUACGUUCCCAUCAAAAGACCCACACUGGGGAAAAGCCACAUAAAUGCAUGGAAUGUGGAAAGAGCUUUAGUCGAAGUGACCAUCUACGUUCCCAUCAAUGGACCCACACAAGGGAGAAGCCACAUAAAUGCAUGGAAUGUGGAAAGAGCUUCAGUCAGAGUGGCAGUCUACGUUCCCAUCAAAGGACCCACACAGGGGAGAAGCCACAUAAAUGCAUAGAAUGUGGAGAAAGCUUCAGUCGGAGUGGCAGUCUACGUUCCCAUCAAAGGACCCACACAGGGGAGAAGCCACAUAAAUGCAUGGAAUGUGGAAAGAGCUUCAGUCGGAGUGACCAUCUACGUUCCCAUCAAAGGACCCACAUAGGGGAGAAGCCACAUAAAUGCAUGGAAUGUGGUGAAAGUUUCAGUCGGAGUGGCAGUCUACGUUCCCAUCAAAGGACCCACACUGGGGAGAAGCUACAUAAAUGCAUGGAAUGUGGAAAGAGCUUCAGUCGAAGUGACCAUCUACGUUCCCAUCAAUGGACCCACACAGGGGAGAAGCCACAUAAAUGCAUGGAAUGUGGAAAGAGCUUCAGUCAGAGUGGCAGUCUACGUUCCCAUCAAAGGACCCACACAGGGGAGAAGCCACAUAAAUGCAUAGAAUGUGGAGAAAGCUUCAGUCGGAGUGGCAGUCUACGUUCCCAUCAAAGGACCCACAUAGGGGAGAAGCCACAUAAAUGCAUGGAAUGUGGAGAAAGCUUCAGUCACAGUAAAAGUCUGUGUAUCCAUCAAAAGACCCAUACAGAGGAGAAACCAUAG